UUCCCUCUGAGCGUGCCCAGCCUCGACUGCCCGGCGGAUCACCUUCCGCUCCAACAAGGCCAGUUCCUCCUCGCCAUGACUCAUGCCUAUUGUGCCAGGCAGGGCGCACUCUGCCCCGCAGCUUUACAGGUGGUGUCGGUUUGGUGAGACGUUCCCGCCAGGCUAGGCAGUGGAGCGCCGCACAGCGCUCCUUCCAGCCUCCCAACUGCCUGCCGGGCAGUUCCGACCCAGCGCCGACAGGCCUGCUCGGUCGAUCUUCGAUCCAAAGAUGCGGCAGGGCUGGAAGAUGGCUCUGUCCGGGGGGCUGCGGUGCUGUCGCCGAGUACUUUCCUGGGUGCCAGUGCUCGUUAUCGUCCUCGUUGUGCUUUGGUCCUACUAUGCCUACGUCUUUGAACUCUGCCUGGUGACUGUUUUGAGCCCAGCAGAAAAAGUUAUCUACCUCAUAUUCUACCAUGCCAUCUUUGUGUUCUUUACCUGGACAUACUGGAAAUCUAUAUUUACACUCCCACAACAGCCAAAUCAAAAGUUCCACUUGUCCUAUUCAGACAAGGAACGCUAUGAAAAUGAAGAGAGACCUGAGGUCCAGAAGCAGAUGCUCAUCGAUAUGGCCAAAAAGCUACCAGUUUACACAAGAACUGGGAGUGGAGCUGUUAGAUUCUGUGACCGGUGCCAUUUGAUCAAGCCUGAUCGCUGCCACCACUGCUCUGUCUGUGCCAUGUGUGUAUUAAAAAUGGACCAUCACUGCCCUUGGGUUAAUAAUUGCAUUGGAUUUUCCAACUACAAAUUCUUUCUUCAGUUCUUAGCUUAUUCUGUUCUCUACUGCCUGUACAUUGCUACAACAGUCUUCAACUAUUUCAUCAAAUACUGGAGAGGGGAAUUGCCCAGUGUUCGCUCAAAGUUCCAUGUUCUUUUCCUCCUCUUUGUGGCCUGCAUGUUUUUUGUCAGCCUUGUGAUUCUCUUUGGUUACCAUUGUUGGCUCGUCAGCAGAAACAAAACCACCUUAGAGGCCUUCUGUACUCCAGUGUUUACAAGUGGCCCAGAGAAAAAUGGGUUCAACCUUGGCUUCAUCAAAAAUAUCCAGCAGGUGUUUGGAGAUAACAAGAAGUUCUGGUUAAUACCUAUUGGGUCCAGCCCUGGUGAUGGACACUCCUUCCCUAUGAGGUCUAUGAAUGAGUCACAAAACCCACUGCUAGCAAAUGAAGAGCCCUGGGAAGACAACGAGGAUGAAAACCGAGAUUAUCCAGAAGCUUCAUCAUCUCUCACUGUGGAAACAGAAACAUAGCAGUUUACACAUUUCCUGCAUCUCUCAGGACCCUCCAUCUCCCAUGAGGCUUACAGAGUUCAAUGUUGGGAACCAUUUUAAUCUUCAAAAUAAGUCACCAUGGUGGAUUGAAAGCUUCACAAUUUAAAAGCAUUCCAUUGAAUACUUGCUGUGCAGAUAGAUGUUUCAGGACUUUACAAGUUAUUUAAUUUACUAACUGAACUCAUCAAUCUGGUAGCAAGUAAUUCAAGCCAGUCUUCCUCUCUUUCUUCAUUUUACCUCCUCAAUCUGUAAAAACCUAAAUGUAACAUAUAUACCUUUCCAGGGGCUCUUUUUAUUCCUCUUCUCAGGAAAAGAGGAAUUCAAAAAACUUCCAUGGAGUCUCUAACUCCCCUAGAAAGAUUGUUAAUUAUAUGUAUAGGGUGUUUGUGGUAUUAAGGGAAAUCAGACUGCUGCUUGUGUGCCUGUGCAUUUAUAAGCAUGCAUAUGUGCAGCAUAUUUACACAAAAUUCUGCUGUGGUGUUGUGAAAAUCAAGGUUAAAAAAAAAAUCCAAGGUUUUUAUUCAAUCCUGCUUUUUUCCCUAAAUAGCAAUUUAAAUAUUUGCUGGGCUGUCAACACCAUCCCUAUAUAAGAUAUGUAAAAGUCAAGAAGCAUAAUCAACACACCAUAAUCAAGGUCCUCAAAUUGGAAAUUGAACAACAAUGCAAAGCCUGUUCUCUGUCAUAAAUGUGUGAUGUUCCUGAAAGCACCUCAACUAAUAGAGAAGAUCAGAUCAGAUUUCCACUUUAUUAAACAUAAGUAUUGGUGUUUUAAAGACUUUUAAUGUCAGGCUGUAGUAAAAUUCUCCACUUUUAUUAUUUUCUCUGCUACCUAGCUUUAUUUUUGCCUAUAUUAAUUGUUCUUAUGAUCAUAGAAAAACUAUAGCCCUAAGUUAUGCACCAUAGACUUUGUUAAGGAGCUUAAGGUUAAUUUUCAGGUUUAAUUACAAUACUGUUCAUAUGGUAAAGUUUCAAAGUUGAAAUUGGCCUAAGGAUUAGCACUCAAGCUAUGUUUUCACAGCAGGGUUUAGUGUAUAGAUAAUGAUAACCUAAUAGUAAUAUGCCAAUACUUUUUUUCUUUUUUUUUUUUUAGCUUCAGUGGUAGUUCAUCCAUUAAGACAGUUUACAUUCAUUUCCCCAUUUAUUUAUAAUCAGCCUUUCUUUUAGUCCUAGUGCCUGAAUCAAUGAGUAUGAACACUAAUGCUGAGUCUUUAUAAUAAUAAUACCUAAGAGCAUUGAUGGUUUUCAUUUCUCAGCCAGUGUCCUAGUGCCCAGCUGCCAGCAAUAGAAGUCCCAACUCUUACAGAAAUUAGUGAGAGUUAGAGGCAUCUUACAGAUAUCAAGGAGUUGAACUCCUAGAAGGACAUUAGGUUUACUAAGUAAUCCCCCCUAAAACCUUUUUGAGUAAAAGAAAAUUUGCCUACCACAAACUAUUUGGUGUUCAGGUUCCAGUGGAGCUGAGAAAGCAAUUCAGCUACUUAAAUAAAAAACUUGUUUAUUUAUUUGGAUCCUCUAGGUGAUUUGGGGCCAGGUAAGACUUUUAGCAUAAAUUAAAUGGAUUGUGCCAGCAUUUCAUUUGAGAAAAUAACUAGACAUGACAAAAUCUAUUAGGGCCAGGGACUGUUUCUCAAAUUAAGAUGCUAAGAAGCAACAUAGAAGACUAUACACACCAGGUUUCACAAAUGAAAUCGUGUAUGUUCAGUUGGGAAGAUUUUUCCCCUUCCUCCCUCUCUCUCCAAAACACUCUCUUGUUUAGGUUUUUCUUGAAAGCUUAUUUAGGCAUUCACAUGGUCUUAUGAUGGACAAACCUUGCCUUUUAUUCAUAUAGUAAAGUAUCUUUCUCUAAAAAAUAGGACCAUUACUUAACUCCACAGCCAGUGGGCCUCAAAGAAAUCUUUCCCUUUCUCAUCUAUCAUUUUCUGCCAAGGGUUUAGGCAGGUUAGCUUCUAACUAUGAUUCAAAGUCAGGAAGGGAUCAAUAAAUUCUUUGAUGCAUAGAGUGUAUCAGCACUUGGCACUGAUCUAAAUCAGGUUAUAAAAGACAGUGUCAGAAAACUACAGGGAAGCACUGGAAGGAUAAAGCUCAGGAGAGCUAUAAUGCAAAGCUGAUUGUUUAAUGUCUUACAGACUCACACCAUCUUCAAAAGGCCAAAUAAAUCAGAGUUUUAAGUGGGGGCUUGGAGAAUAAACCCUAUUCCUAUCUCAGCACCUUUAUUCCACUAGUUUAUGGACUCUGAUAAUACCCCUAUCCAUACAUAAUUCAGUACUGACUACUGUACAUAAGCAUCCUGCCCCAGUUGAUUGACUAUUGAUUGACAGAGAGGGUCAUUUAAUAAUUAGUGUAUCCUGAUCUGGCUCCAUUGCCUGUUUUCCUCGGAGCCCUGUCAAAUAACCUCUGUGGGAUCUCAUUCCCCAAUUUUUGGUACCCAUAUUCCCCUUUUGCAAAAUAAAACACUCAUUGUUAGGAUCCUACAACUGAAAGGUGCUAUGUAACUCCCUAGUGCUCUUAUAAGUCUUUCAUUGAAGGACUGGAAUGAAAACUUGAACCAUAACAGUAUUUCUAAGCAAACCAGCGUGCUCCAUUCUUUCUUCCAUGCUCUCAUUGCUGACUUGUUCUUGCAGAGUUUAGAUUACUUUAUUUAAGUUAUUCAGUUCAUUCCAACAAUGUCCUUAGAACAGAAAUCAUUUUCCCCAUGGUACAUCUGGAAAAAUUGAGGCCAAAAAAAAAAAAAAAUGAGGUGGCUUCCAAAAGCACAUAGCUGUCUGGAGCAGACCUCAGUUAUCAUGUCCAGUGCACUAUUAGACUGACUUGGCUUCCCAGUACUGGAAAUACUGGGGAACAACUUAGAACACUGAGAUUAAUUCGGGCAGGAUCACAUUUCAGAAAAGCUCCACUUCGUCCAAAAUCUAAAAGUAUGCAAUUAAACAACUCUUAUUUUCUAUGUGAUAUAAAUGUAACAUGUGUCUCUUUCCCACACUGGUCCCAUGUAACACGUAUAUUUCACACUGUGUGACAUCAGCCAGUGCCAUUAUCUCCUCUAGUACCCAUAGAGCCCAAUCUCAGGGCUGUCUUUGCCAGGGAAAAGAAUGUGCUUCCCCAUGUUUAUGCCAAAUUGCACAAAGUGUUGUCAUUGAGGUUAAUGGAGAUUAAGCACAAUCCCAAGCAGGUAUGUUUUAAGAAUAUUGAAUGUACAUUAUUGUGACAUGCACCUGAAAUUUAACAUGGCCCCAAUUCAUAGGAUGUAACAGUCAUGCAAAGCCUAUCCCUUUUACUUCUCAUCACACGUAUAUACCUACAUACAUGUGUGCAUACACAUAUGUACACUACACACUGCCCCCAAAGUAGGCUGCUUGGACAUCAGGAGCAAAUACUUUAAAGGAAUAAUUCUUUGUCCUCUUCUUUUGGAAAAAGUCCAACACUCACUGCAAGUGAAGAACACUCCAUUUAUUCAUUCUAAAACCUCUACUCCCAGAGUAGCUAUGGUACUCAGUUGGUGCAAAAGACAAGAUUGUUAAACCCUUUCACAAGUCCUGUGUUCUUAGAAAAUUUAUGCAUUCCAUCCAAUCAGUAGGAAAUGGCUUAUGAGGUAUGGUACAUCUGCAUUUCUUUAACUUUAGCUGUAAGGUACCAUAUUAAGUUGUAGUCUUUUGAAUGCAGGGGUUAUGUAAUAUAAUAAUGAACAGGUGGCUCCUAAUAGCAUGCAACCAACAGCUGUUUGUUUCCCCAGAAGGGCUAGGGCUGUGUCCUGCACAGUGUUUAAAACUAUUAAAUUUGUUCUUUGUAGCAGGCUGGUAUGUGGUCAUUAGCAGAAUGAGUUAAAAUGGACAAUGAAUGCAGUAUAUCAGGAAACAGAUUUUUAGUAGGGCAUGGCAUUGAAGGUGGGAAAAAAAAACCAAUAAGGUAAGACACAUUCAAGGAAUAAUUGCUGUCACCCUGCUGGCUAAAUCAGCAAAGAGACACAGCAGGAAAGCUGGUACUUAGUCUUGGUAAUAUAUGAAAUGUAUUGGAGAGCCAGAAAAAGAAAGGUACUGGGGCCCUCAGCAGUUAAGCUGAACUUGCCAAUUUGCUAUAAAUCUUUUUUUCCCACCAAUCUGCUCGAAGUUAUUGUAUAUGGUAUUCUUAAAAUCAUGUGUCUUGCUACAGAAACACCCACAAAUACUAAUAAGCUUUAUCUUCCUAUGUCCUUUAUUAAAAGUAUAUGCAUAAAA